CAGUGUCAUGUGACUUACUGUCAUCCGCCAUAUUGCUCGCCUACCCAUUGACACUUUCGCAGGUGGGGAUAUUUGUAGAUUUUUAUCAAAAGUUUGUAAAGUUUCACUUGUUCUAAAAUGAGUGAUCAGGAAAAUAAACCGAGACUUUGUCAUUUGUCGAAGUGGCCUGACAAUAUUUUCCCAGGAUAUGGUUUUAAUUUACAUGCGGAAAAGGGAAAAGCAGGGCAGUAUAUUGGAAAGGUAGACGAAGGGUCCCCUUCAGAAGCGGCAGGAUUAAAGGAGAGUGAUCGUAUUGUUGAAGUCAAUGGAGUUAAUAUUGGAAACGAAAAUCAUCAACAAGUUGUCACUCGUAUCAAAGCUGGUGGAGAGGAGGUUAAGUUAUUAGUUGUCGAUGCAGAGACUGACAGGAUUUACAAGGAAAAUAAACAGGUUGUUCGCAACGAUCUGCCCGAAGUUGUGUAUUUAACUUCUAUAAGACCACGCCCCGAUGAACAAGAUAAUACAGAUGAUGUACAAGCAAGUCCAAGAAGUUCUGUUGGGGGAGAGGAAGAUAGAAAGUCUGAAAGGUCAGAGAAGUCUGACCAAUCCGAGCCACAGGAACCAGAACCCCAGGAGCCUGAACCAGAGAUAGAGCAUAUCACUGCUGCCACCAGUGAGAUAGAAGUCCAAAGAGAAGAGGAAUUAGAUUCAGAACAUUUACCACGUAACUGCAAAAUUACAAAAUGGCCAGAUUUUCAAGGUUAUGGCUUCAAUUUGCAUGCAGAACGUGACCGUGUUGGACAGUUCAUUGGCAAAAUUGAUGAUGAUUCUCCAUCUGAAGAAGCAGGGCUUAGAGAGGGUGAUAGGAUCCUUGAAGUUAAUGGAGCAAAUAUAGAAAAUGAAACACAUCAGCAGGUGAUAGCCAGAAUAAAAGCUGGUGGUGACAUCACAACGAUGUUAGUCCUGGACAGAGAAGGGGAUGACCACUACAAAUCUAAAGGGAUUACAGUGUCUUCUAACAUGUCCAUUGUUAAACAGCUGUUUAAUCAGCCUAGAGGUGUAAGCAAUGGUGUACAAGCUGUUGAAGAAAUCACAAAUGUUAGGAAUCAGGAGGAAGAUAUAUCACCGGAUUAUUAUCCACGUUUGUGUCAUAUCAAAAAGUGGGCUGAUUUUCAGGGAUAUGGAUUUAAUUUACACGCUGAAAGAGACAGGAAAGGCCAGUUUAUUGGUCAGAUUGAUGCUGGUUCACCAGCUGAUGCCGGGGGAUUAAAAGAUGGAGAUAGAAUUAUCGAAGUUAACGGGGAAAAUGUGGAAGAUGAUUCACAUCAACAAGUGAUACAAAGGAUUAAAGCUGGUGGAGACCAAACAAAAAUGUUAGUGUUGGACAGAUCAGCUGAUGAUUAUUUCAGAGCAAAAGGAAUUAAUGUUAAUGGUAGAAUGUCCAAUGUUAAAAAUAUUACUACUCCUGAGAGAAGCUCACAAGUAAAUGGUACAUCUUCAAAUGUAACUAAUAAUGCUUCACCUGUCUCCAAUUCAUCAUACCAAACAGGCUACGUAGCACCCAAACAGGAACCUGUAUCCAGACCACCACCAACAUCAAGCAACGGUGGAGUCGACUUUACAAAAUUAUCAGCAAAAGAAAUGAGAGAAUUAGUGGCUUCCAAGAAAAAGAAAGAUCCUAGAAAAGAAAACACAGACUUUAGAAGGAAAUAUGAUGAAUUUAAUAAGCUGUGAAAAAACAAAUUAUACAAUAAUCAAAUAUAUAUCCAAUUAAUAUAUAUGUGAGUUCCAAUGCAAGUCAGUGAUGGGUUACAAUCAAGUAUUCAUUCCUGAUAAACAUUCCGUUCUGUUCCAGGUGAUUUAAUAGUCUAGAAGAUGAUUUAUUACAGAGAGAAUGUAAAUUGUGCUGUAUGAUUGACAUUUUAUAAUCAACCUGACUCUACAAAGUAGAGCUAUUGUGACUUCAUUCCCAUUACCAUACUUGUAUGUUUCAUAUACAUGUAUAUUAUUCAAGACCAGGAGCUUGGAUGUCUAGAAUGAUGGGGAAUGUAAUUGUGGACAAAAUGAAUUUUCUGAAUGUUACAAAUGAUUUGGCAUGAAUAAUCUGUAAAUUUACUAAAAAUUGUACAAUUCAUUUCACAAUAUUUUGGCAACUUUUUUUUAUUGUUUAAAAUAAAAUUCUUAAAACUUAAUAGUUUGAAAUCAAAUGUGAAAUCUUGUAAUAAUUCUAUAAUGUUCGACUCAGGAAAUAAAAUGCCUUCUUUGAAUUGUGUUACCAAAGUAUUAAAUUUUACUCUGUCACAUAUAUUGUUUAAGGAUUAACAUAUUUCUAAUUCAUUAAGAGGUUGUGAAUAAAGUCAGAUAUUAUACUAAUAAACUAUUUACAUUUAUGUAAGUAAUUUAAUGGCAUCUCCUUGCAUUAAACUAAUGCAUGCUUGAUCUUUUCAAGAUAGAAAACUAACAUCACUUGCUUAUUUAUAAUUUACAAUAAUUGAUUUAGUGCUAAAUUGUUUAAAUGUUAUAUUGUGUUUGCUCAAGAGGAUAUCUGGCAUUGUUUAUCAAAUCUCACUGUUUUCAUUCAAUUGAUCGAUACACUUACUUUUGUUUGAAAUUUGUUGAAUUCAAAAACAAUUCUCAGAAUGUCAAGAUUGAAUUUCAGUUGGAAUUAUACAAAAUCAAUCCAAUAAAUUUGCAUCAUUGUAAAAGUUAACAUGGUUAAAGAAUAGAUUUACUGUUUAGGAAUAGUCUCACUAAAUUUGACGAAGUUUAUAAUUUUGGUCAAUGAUAUAAGAUUUGAAGAUGCUUAUUAUUAAGAUGAUAAUUGGAAAAAUAAAAUAUUUUGUGAUAAUACCAUUGUCUCAGUUGUUCAUAUAAAAAAUGAUAUUUUUA